AUGGCAUAGUCUUGAACUUACCCUUUUCUUCACGCUGUCUUUUAACCAUGUGAUUUCUUAGUUUCCGUCAACUUUCCUCAAAUAAUGAGAGGAAGCCGAUUUUUGUUUUAAACUUAAUGUCAUCACUUUGGAAACUAAAAUGGGAUUAAAUGGAGUGGGUAAAUUAAUGAUUUAACGUAUUGAAUUUAAUUAGUAAUGGACGCCCAGUUUCAACGGGCCGGGCCUAAUGAGACCCCUCCAAGCCCGGGAAAUCCCUCCACAAUAUUCAGACUGGUGGGUAAAGAGAAGCCCGUUUUAAUAGCGUUGUUAUUGAGGUCAAUGAGACAUACAGCUACCUUGAUGUGCUCAAGCUCGUUCUACAGAUUAAUUACUUGACUAAAUGGACCAUCUAUGAUGCUGAAUUAUGCCAUGGAAAAAAUGGAAAAUUGCCACUAUUAUCGCUAGUCUGAUCGUUUGCCUCUGACCAGAGGAGCCUCGUCGAAGCGUCAGCAUCGUCGGCAUUCGAUUCACUGACAGAUCGCUACCACGUGCAAAGAAUUUCUGGGUUAUUCAAGGUACAUAUAUGUGUAUAGAUGCGAAUCAGGGAGUGCCAGCUUGCCGGAUUUCCUCCUCUCCUCGUUUGUCUCUCCCCUAUCUGUUCACCAGCUCUCGACUCUCCGCCGCUGUGACGACGGCGAAGAUGGAGCUGACGGCGGCGAUCCCGGCGGCGUGUUACUUCCUGGUGCCCUUGUUCUUGUUCCUCACCUUUGUCUACUGCAUCUUGGAGUUCCACUUAGUGGGUGAGGCCCUCAGGGCUUGGAGGGGCGGCAAGGUGGGUCUCACCUUCAACCCGGCCUCCCAGCUCUGCCAGCAUUUCACCUCCAGGUGCCGGGCCCUUAACGGCCUGUGACUCUCUCUCUCGGGUCUAUCGUCUCCUUCCAUCAUACGACUUGAAAAUCAAUGCUUUUCCCUUUUUCGAAUGAGUAACAGUGGCUGGAGAUUCUUUCACACUGAAGACCAUGCCUAAGGAUGAUACGACUCCCAUUGUUGGCUAGCUUCGGAGGUUGCCAGCGAUUCUUCCAGACCGGAAAGCUCUCAGCUUUUCGUCUUCUAGUCAUGCGUCCUUGAUAGAGACAAAAGUAGCAGUUUUCCUCAUCAAUUCAGUGGUAUCCUCAGCCCAAUUGACUAAAUUGUUAAAAAGAAAUCAAUUCGUUAUGCGCUUCUUGAUUUAUCUUAUGUCUAUUUCUUGCGACCUAGUUUGAAUUCGACCUGGAACACUAAGCUCAGUCGAAACGUAGCAUAACAUAUUUUUUUGUCUGUAGUUCCUAACUGUUGCUAGCUGUGCGGUUAAAAUUUCAACAAAAUAUAAAUAUUUAUUGAAUAAAUUCUAGAUGUGAGGGGUUUUUACUGUGUUCCAUUUUGAUCAAUUUAACUCAUGCUUUUAAAUAUUAA